UGCCAGACCCAACUUGACCUGGCGUCACCUGAGAAAACGAUUAAUAUCCAAAUCUGUACAUCAAAAGGAGGACGAGAAGAAGAAGAAGUGGGAUGGUUGUGCUGUUAUCUGCUUCUUUGGUCCGAAUACCCAAACAAUUCCCCUGUUUUACUCUCAAUUCAGGUUAUUCCACUGCUCGACAUUACCAUUUCUCAACUGCCUCAACCCCCAUAUCAAAUUCAUUGGUCAAUUAUCGUUCAUCGAAUGCUAACAAUUACAAGGCAACCCAGUUGUUGCAACGCUGUUCUUGUGUCGCAAUGUGUGCUUCUCAUUCCUCUUUGACGACGUCGUCUUUUGGGUCGUACGAGAAAUUGAAGACGGUGUGGAUUUGGACAAAAAGCAAAGAGGUCAUGACGGCCGCCGUGGAGAGAGGAUGGAAUACCUUCGUUUUCUCAUCCCAGGAUCGACAACUCGCCAAUGAGUGGUCUUCAAUCGCCUUAAUAAGUCCUCUGUAUAUUGAAGAGGGAGGCAUUUUUGAUGGUGAGAAUAGAAGGGUUGCCACAGUUUUUGAGGUUUCAAAUCCACAAGACUUACAGCAGCUCCAACCCGCAAAUGGGCAGGCAGAGAAUGUUGUUAUCAAUUUGCUAGAUUGGCAGGUAAUUCCUGCAGAGAAUAUUGUUGCUGCAUUCCAAGGCUCUCAAAAAACAGUUUUUGCCAUCUCAAAAAAUCAUUCUGAAGCACAAGUCUUCCUUGAGGCCUUGGAGCAAGGUCUGGGUGGAGUUAUUUUAAAAGUUGAGAACACUGAAGCUGUUUUUCAGCUCAAGGACUAUUUUGACAGAAGAAAUGAAUUGAGCAAUCUCAUGAGCUUGACCAAAGCUACUGUAACUCGAGUUCAAGUAGUUGGAAUGGGGGAUCGAGUUUGUGUGGAUCUUUGUAGCCUCAUGAGACCUGGUGAAGGACUUCUGGUUGGAUCUCUUGCAAGGGGAUUAUUUCUUGUGCACUCAGAAUGCUUGGAGUCAAAUUAUAUUGCAAGCAGGCCUUUUCGAGUUAAUGCGGGACCAGUACAUGCCUAUGUUGCCAUUCCAGGAGGAAAGACUUGCUACCUUUCUGAGUUAAAAACGGGCAAAGAGGUCAUAGUAGUUGAUCAAAAAGGCCAACAACGAACUGCAAUUGUUGGGCGAGUGAAGAUAGAGACUAGACCACUCAUUCUUGUUGAGGCAAAGAGAGAUUCAGAAAACCAAACUCUUUACAGCAUCCUUCUACAAAAUGCAGAAACGGUUGCCCUUGUUUGUCCUUGCCAAGGGGCUGGGUUACAAAAAACAGCAAUCCCUGUGACCUCACUUGAAGUUGGAGAUGAAGUUAUACUGAGAUUACAGGGAGGGGCACGUCAUACAGGAAUAGAAAUUCAAGAAUUCAUUGUGGAGAACUGAAAUUGCAGAAGUAUAUUAUUUUUAAUCAUAUUGUUCUUCAUACCAUUUUUCUACUUGCUUUCCAAUGUUUAAUGAGUCUACAAUCUUAUGCCUCAUUUUAUGUAUCUUCGACAGGGAGCCCUGCUUCGAAGAGCAAGUUUUGCAGCUAGUCCCGCGACUAUUGAAAAAACUACUGAAAAUGCUGUGUAAUUUUUUUUUUUUUUUUAAAGCACCUAAAUCAAACCCAUUUCCCAGAUGAUUCCUUGGAAAUAUUGUGGGACAAUUCCAGUGAAAUUCUGCAAUUCGACGGAUGCAAUGGAACGAGAAUUAUUAAAUUUUUC